ACGACCGCAGAAGUACCGGUUUUAUUGUGAAAGGAUCUGCGGACUUCACCACUUGCAGUGCCGCUGGCUGGACUUUCUGGGAACUCACCGUGUUCGAUCUGGCUCAGCAGACGCUCCAGCAGUCCUUCAGGGAGAAGAGAACCGACCACUACUAGCAAAGAGUAAUCGACCGCCGCCUCCGGCCGUAAAUCGACAGAGAAACUUGGAGAAGAACCGGGACCGCCGCCCCGAUCCGCCGCCAUCAUGGCAUGGACACAGACCGCUCACUGAGUGACGUCAGCGAGCGCACUCAGAUGCGCCGCCCUGCUGAAGAGAAACGGUAGAACAGAGUUGAUUGACGCAUUAACGGGCCAAUAAGAGAGAGGGAAGGAGCAACGUGUUGUUUUGUUUGCGUAGCGCAUUGAACGCAUCCGCGCAUGAGCCAGCAUGGCGGCGCCGGUUCCAGGCAGAUGUGGUUUCUUCGUCAAGAAAAAGCAACGUUUCUGUAAAAUGAUCGUCGCUAAAGAUAAAAAGUUUUGCGGAGAACAUGCGACUAUGGAUGAAAACAGCAGCAUCAAGAGAAUCGUGUGUCCACUCGACCCCAAACACACUGUGUGUGAAGACAAACUGCAGAAGCACCUGAAGAAAUGCAACUCAAGAGAGAAACCCAAACCAGUUUAUUACGUCCAAGAUAUAAAUGCUGGAUCAGCUGAAGGAGACAAGCAGAUUCAGGUAAGUCUGUGUGACCGCAGCAGGUCCCAGCUUCAGUCCCUGGUGGACAAACUGAAGAAAGCUGUGGAGGGGUUCCAAUGUGAUCUGGAGGACCGUUUUCUUUCUCACCCCGUCUUUGAGGAGGAGCUCAACAAUCCAAAGAAUGGAGAGUCUGCGCACAAACACCUCAAGCAGCAGUCGUCUCUCUUGGCUCACAUGGAUGCGCUGGGGUUGCUCGGGCGAGGGCGCUGCUUUGUGGAAUUUGGAGCUGGCAAAGGGAAACUGUCUCACUGGAUCCAUGAGGCCUUAAAGACCAGCAUGGUCUGCCAUGAACAUGAAACCCACAACUUGCCAAAUACUUGCAGUGAACCGAAAAGCAAUGACCAGCUCCAGUUCUUGCUGGUUGAGCGCAGCAGCACACGCUUCAAGGUGGACGGGAAACAUCAGGAGACCGGGGUUCAGUUUGAGAGGCUGCAAGUCGACAUUCAACACCUGGAUUUGAGUAAAGUUCCGCUUCUUAGCCAGCAGCCGCCACUAGUGGGCGUCGGCAAGCACCUUUGUGGAGCAGCGACAGAUCUCUCGCUGCGUUGUUUGUUGGACACCCCCGGUCUCACAGAGGAACCCCCACCAAAACGCCUUAAAACUUCGGGGCAAAGUGACCCGGCUGGAGGAGAUACAGAGUCUUCUUCUCCUGGUCCGGUCCUUGGCUUGGUGGUGGCACUGUGCUGUCAUCACCGCUGUGAGUGGCGUCACUAUGUGGGUCAGAGGUUCUUCCAGCAGCGAGGUCUAGGGGCGGAGGAGUUUGAAGCUUUUAGCAGGAUGUCCAGCUGGGCCACGUGUGGACUCAGAGCGACAGACCGCAGCGGAGACCAGGACGAGCAUGAGCCAGCCGAGGAGACGGACGCCGUCAACGGGUUUCUGUCUGCCGAAGAGCGCCACCAGGUGGGUCGACUCUGCAAACUGCUCAUCGACAGCGGCAGACUACACUUCCUGCAGAGCCGAGGAUUCAGUGGGAAACUGACGCAGUACAUCAGCAGUGACGUGACUCUGGAGAACGUCAUGCUGACCGCCGUCCCGUCGUCAUCCACCAGCUGAACUGUUUUUCAACCUCAAUCCAACUGAAAAGUCUCAUUUCUUAAUGUAUAUUUUACAUUUUUGUAAUUCAAAAUAUUUUGGUGUUCAUUUUUAUUUUUGGAUUUUUGAUAAAAACACCAAUCAUAAAUGAACUUUCACCACUCUUAUUUCUUCUAAUCUGAUGUGGGGCUAAACUGUAGAGGUCCAGGCCUUCCUCUCCAACUCAUCUUCCGAUAUGAUACCAAGAUGUUCCUAGGUCAUCCCCUGUGUCCCAGCUCUGCCCUUAGAAGAAACUAAGUUGUAGUCACAACCCAAAGCUGGUGAGAAACUCACCAGUAACCGGAGAACUUCAACCCUUGAAGGGAAGUGCCUUUUAGGAGCAAUAGUCGCAUGAAUAUAAGGAUGUGGAAUUAUCAAGCGUUUCACUUAAAUGUAGCUCCUGUUUCUAGCCUGCUAACAUGCUAACAGUGUUGCUAUUCUGUGAAGAGAAAAUGAAAUGGAGACUUUUCUUUUGUUAUCUCAUGAAGCAAUAUAACAAGGUGACAGACAUCAAAAUGAGUCUCAGUAUUGUUGUCAGGAAUAGCUAGCCCCUCAU